GUAUCCACUGAUCAAUUAUUCUUUUUUUUUAUCUCAGGAUGGACGACAUUCAACUGUGCAAAGACAUCAUGAGCCUAAAGCAGGAGUUGAGACAGAUUGUUUCAGUGCCAGAGAAAGAGAAGAACAAGAAGCACAAGCAGCGGGAGGAGGAGCUGAUCCUGAAGAUCCAUAAACUGGUGCAGAAAAGGGAUUUCCUGGUGGAUGAUGCUGAGGUGGAGAGAUUAAGGGAGAAGGAGGAGGACAAAGAAAUGGCGGAGUUCCUCAGGCUGAAGCUCAGGCCUCUGGAGCAGAAACUCAAAUCUACAAAUCCUCCAAAGCCCAAGCGACAGAUCCUAGAUCCACCACCCAACAAACCAUUCAUCACUAAGUCGGGGGCGGCCAUCAUUAAGGACUGCUGCGGAGCCACCCAGUGUGCUGUAAUGUAACUGACCUCUGUAAUGACUGCUGCAACUUCUGUCACAUGACCCACUCACUUCCUGUUUCUCAGAGAAAAACAGAUAGCUGAAAUCACCCUUGAGCCUCUUCAGAAAUCAGAUCUACUUCCUAACUACAGACACCUGGGAACUGAUCCCUGAUCAGUAUUCAAGGUGGGGGGGUUAACAGUGAGAGGCAUCUUUUAGGGACAUCUACAGGGGAAUGUACAUGAACUAAACAUGCUGUAAAUAAAGUCUGAUAACUGUAUGGUUAAUGUAUUUAUGCCGAGGCAGAUCAGGUCAUUUCUGUAUAUUGCAUUCCUUUAAGGGGAGGAUGUGUUUGAUUGGACAAAUAAGGCCUAAAAGCACAAUAUCUAUUGCAUUGGUAAUUAAUGGGGUUCUGUGAUAUGAAGACAAAGCCUCUCAUUGUUGAAUUUAUCAACAUUUUAUCCAUUAAGUUAAACUCUGCUCUUUCAGAAACCCAAACAUUUUCUUUCCUUCUCAUUUAUUAUCCCAGUUUGCAAAACUUAAUUGUUACAAAGAGCAAAUUUGUUCUUCUGUUGGUUAUUGUUACCCAAUAUUAAAAGGUCAGGUUACAACGACACCUUUCUGCAUUCGACACAGGAGUUUACAAGCAAACAAUCUCUGCAGUUACCAAAAAAAAUACACUAACCUUAGAAAUGAGGUUUGUAUCAUAUGUUCAAUCAUAUGAUAAAACCUAAAGUCAUGCAUGUUUAAAAUGUGUACUUGAAUACUCUAAUCGUUGCUAAAAAUCAAACCUGAUGUCAGUUAGCUAAAAAUUAGUGUCCAAAGCUACAAAGAUGUACUUUAGGUCUGCAACUAACAAUUAUUUAGCUAAUCUAUAUAUAUUUUUAUUAAUCUGAUUUGAUUAGGGGAGUCUUGGCCUAGUGGUUAGAGCAGAGCACUUGUGCUCUAAGAAAGUUGAAAGUAGCUGGUUUGAUCCCCACAACCUCCACUCUGGGUCCCUUAGGAAUACCCUUAACCCCACACUGCUCUCUGGGCACCGCACAAUGGCAGCCCACUGCUCCCAAAGGGAUUGGAUUAAAUGCAGUGGUAAAUUAAUCCAGUGUGAGAUCAAUAAAGUUCAAUUAUUAUUAAUUGAUUAAUAAUCGGAUAGUCAAAAGGUUCCUCAAAGAAAUAUUUUUUUAUAGAAUUAAAGCAGGUGAAACUAAAACUUUUCCACUUCAGGA